AUGUCUUUCCUCACCCGAACCCUCAAUGUCAGCAGAACCGCCGCAGUCGUGACCCCCGUGUCACGGAUCGCCGCAGUUCGGACAUCGCGCACAUUCACCACUUCGUUGGCGGCGCAGAGAACCGCCACCGAGGCUGUCAAGGAUGAAUUGAAGCACAUUGACAGGGCUGUGAGCGAUAAGCUCGUCGACGGCAUCAACAUUGCUACCAAGGCAUCGCACAAGGUCAUGGAAACAGCCGAAGAUCUGUCAAACAGCGGCGUCUCCAGCCAGGUGGAAGGCGUGGAGGCCCACGCCAGAGGCAAAGCGGAAGCCGUCAAGGGAACCGUCAAAGGCAAGACCGAGGAGUUGAAAGGAAACGUGAAAGGCAAAGCAGAGGAGAUGAAGGGUCAGGCAAAGGGUACUGCCGCCAAAGCAAAAGGCAAGGCAGACGAGACCCUUGACGAGGUGCAGAGUUUGUAUGACUGA